AUGGGAAGUAUGCGUCUUCGCAGUAGUAGGUCUACUGACAGCACCGUUAACCUUGGGAAGAAAGCUAUGGUCGUGAAAAAUGAGAUGGCGUCCUCGUCAUUUCCAGGGCAACAAGUUUCUUGCAGUCGCAACAAAAUGGACGAGAAAUCUGUCAGCAUAAAGCGCGAGAUAAUCGAAACAGAUGAGAAGAACGUUAUGCCAAUUGUAAAGAAGAAAGUAAAACGAGCAAGUAUCAAGAAGGAACGGAUUCCUCGUCAAGAACCUAAUGGCUGGAAGGAGAUUUUACUGGGGAUAGAGGAGAUGCGGGUCAAUAAGGAUGCCGAGGUCGACAAGUACGGCGAGGCGUUUUUCGGCGAGAGCUUUCUACCUCAUGAGCGUCGUUUUCACGUGCUUAUUUCAGCGAUGCUGAGUAGUCAGACGAAAGACCCUGUGAAUGCCGCAGCAAUGGGUCGUCUUAUCAAGCACGGGCUGACUGUGGAAUCGAUGCUUGAGAUUGACCAACAAGAGCUCGCAAAAUUGAUCCGACCUGUUGGUUUCUAUAACUACAAGGCCAAAUACAUCAAACAGACCGCUUCGAUCUUGACGGAGCGGGCCAACGCUGCGGGCAAAGUUGUAGCUGACAUUCCAGACACGUACGAGGGUCUCAUCGCUUUGCCCGGUGUUGGACCAAAAAUGGCUACGCUAGUGAUGGACAGCGCGUGGAACAAUGUUGUGGGAAUUUGUGUGGACACGCACGUGCAUCGAAUCUCGAAUCGGCUCAAGUGGGUGAAUACAUGGAACAUGAAUAAUCCGAAGUCCCAGGACCCGGAGAAAACCCGAGCGGAGCUGGAGGACUGGCUACCAAAAGAACACUGGGGCCCCAUCAACAUUCUGCUAGUCGGCUUCGGACAAACAAUUUGUCGUCCACGCAAUCCCAAAUGCAGCGAAUGCAAAAUUCGUAAUAUCUGCCCGUCCGCUAACAGUUCCUCAAUUUGA